AUGGCCCAUCCAAUAAAGCGUAUCGCGGUAAUAGGCGCCGGUGUAUCCGGUGUAUCCGCAGCAGCCCAUCUCAAAACCGCCGGACUAGAAGUGACAGUCUUCGAACGAACGGGUAAAGCUGGCGGAGUAUGGGUCUUUGAUGCACGCGUUGCGCCAGAACCUGCAUAUCCAUCACUCGUACCAUCGAUAGCAGAGACUGCGUAUUACGAAGACGUCGACAGUAAGCGCGGUGUUCCUAGGCACACGAGUGAGGAUGUGAGGGAGAAUAGUGAGAAUUUAAAGAUCUUGCAUGCUCCUCCCGGUCCGUGUUAUGAAUUACUCUCAAACAACGUUCCAACCGGGCUCAUGAAAACAACACUUAAUUCCUGGCCUCCUGGGACAGAACAGAUCGUUAGACAUAAUGUGCUAGCGGAAUAUAUACAAGACACGGCGGCCAAGACGGGAGUUGAAGGGAUUACGCAGUAUAAUACGAAAGUUGAGCGUGUGGAAAAGAAGGGGGAGUAUUGGGACGUUCGGACUGUAACUUUAGAUGCUGAUACACUCGAGAAGAAGACGCGGGAUUGGGAGUUCGAUGCCGUAAUUGUAGCUACUGGCCACUAUCACGCGCCGAAAGUUCCAGCCAUUCCCGGAUUGAAAGGUUGGAAGAAAGCAUGGCCAUCGAGAAUACAGCAUUCGAAAAGAUACCGGAGUACUAGAGGGUUUGAGGGCAAGUCCGUGCUUUUGAUAGGCGGUAGCACCUCAUCAUUCGACAUCGCAAAAGAGCUCGACGGCAUUGCAAAGACUAUAUACCAAUCCACACGGGGUGGUGAAUUCGAUCACCCAAUUUCGAUGCUGCCUCCGAGUGUAAAACGUAUUUCCGAAAUAAAGUCGUUCGAUCUUGGGCAACACUCUGGUCCUAUUCUCGAUAAUGAAGCCAUUCUAUACACAAUAACCUUAGUCAACGGUCAAGUUAUCAGCGAUAUCGAUAGAGUCAUCAUCUGUACUGGAUACCACUGUGCAUUCCCCUUCCUCUCCCCCUACCAUCGCGACUCUGUGCCAGCAUCCGAGGCAGACAAAACAGCGCUCGUAACAGACGGCACGCAAAUGCAUAACCUACACAAAGACAUUUUCUACAUCCCCGAUCCCACACUAGCUUUUAUCGGCGUGCCGUACCACAUUGCAACCUUUUCCCUAUUUGAUUUUCAAGCCAUCGCGGUUGCAGCUGUGUUUUCGGGGAAAGCCAAUACUCCAAGCGAGGAAGACAUGAGGGAAGAGUAUCUUAGAAAGCUUGGACAGAAAGGAUCUGGGAGAUCUUUCCACAGUUUGAGGGGAAAGGACGCCGAGUAUGUGGACGAAUUGCUGGCAUGGAUAAAUCCGGGAAUAGUUGCUGCUGGAGGGAAAGCAGCGGAAGGACAUACGAAGGAAUGGAAGGCCCAGUAUGAGCUUCUUCGUGAGAAGUUUGAGGGUCUUAUAGAGAAGAAACCUCAAUUGGCCCCUGUUGAGAAAAACAUUGUGGAUAUUAAAGCUGAGGUCAGGGAACCUGUUGAAGCGCAUUGA